AUGAUCGAAAAACUAUGGGAACAUUAUCGGAAUGAAGAGAAUACUGAAUCAUCACAACCUGGAAAGCAAGACAAUUCUUCUUUUAAUGGCUCGGGGUCGAUAAAUGAAGGAUGUGUCAAAGAGACAUCUAAAAAUGAAAAGAAAAGAGAAUGUUUCAACGAAUCCUCUCAUGACAAUGGCAGUUGCGUUGCAGAUGACUUUCCCGGAAGUUCAAGUUAUGAUAAUUCCUCCAAGAGUUUGCCGGAUGGAGAAGCCUUUAUUAAACAGUUGAAAAUAGACAUGGAGGAAAACCGAUUUUGUUACAUGCCACCCAAUGUCAAGCCGAAAAAACUUGAUUAUGUUCACUAUGUUCGAAAGAAGGAUAAAGGUGCCCUGUCCUAUGUUGCUCAUGCUGAUUAUUACAUUUUGCUUCGGGCAUUUGCUAGAGUUGCAUAUGAUAAUGACAUUCGGAUUUUGCAUAUCGGUGUUUUGAGCCUUGAAAGAAGACUUGCUUGGCUAGAGAAAAAGAUUGGUCAAUGCUUGCUUUUGAAACCUCCUAAUAUUUCUUGUCAAUAUUAUACUCUUAGGCCAACUGAAAAAUCAGAUGAUGAAUCUGAACACAAAACUUGAACAUUUGAAAAUAAAUGUUGUGCUUUUUAACA